GCGGGGCGGGCGCCAGGGAGUGCUGGCCCCGCGGGGCGGCCAUGGAGUAAGGCGGCGCGCGGACUCGCGCUGGGACGGACCGACUGACUGACCGACGGGCGGCCCCGGGCUGGGCGUGCUGGAAAAUGAACAGAGCAGAUUCACCAAAACCACCAGUUGCUCCCAAGCCAAAGACUGCCAGUCCCCUCACACCUGUGACAGCACCCAAAUUCCCUUCAUCACCCCGGCCUGAUAGUCUUCACAGUCCCAACUCCAUGUCUAGGGGGCCAAAACCCCCCAUUGCCCCUAAGCCCAGGCUGGCGACCCCCAGUGAGUGGAGAGCCAGCGUGUACAUGAUCAACAGCUUGAACAAAUGCAGCAACGGGAAAGUGCUCUGCGUUGACAGGGGGCUUUACGGAGAGCACCGGUCCAACUUGGAGUGCUCUGAGUCUGAGGCUGAUGAGGAGUACAUCAUGGUCCCCAAGGCUCCGCCAAAAGAGGACGAACCCAGGGGUAGCAACUCUGCGGAGAAUGCAGUAAUGGUGCCUCCAGAUGCCGCUGGGGCAGAGGAGUGCCAGGAGGGAGGCGAGGAGAGCGACCUGGAGGGGAUGGGAGCUGCUGAGGACUUGGCAGCCCCAGCUGAAGUGGUGCUGGGUGAAGAGGUUGUUGGAGGCAUAGCCCCCACCCCUGAGAAGGUGGGGGUGGAGGACGGUGCCCGUGACCUGGGGGCAGAGGAGCAGACAUUUACAAGUGAGGAGGAAGAGAAGCUAGUGGAAGAACACAACGUGUACAACCUGGAGGACAGGGGCCCUUGGGAUGGAGAAGCAGUCCUUCCGACUGAUAUCAUUCUAAGUCACGUUGAUUUAGAGGGUUCAGCAACUCCCAGUGAUGAGCCUGGGACACCCAGGGAGGCAGGAAAGGGUGGUGAGGAGGGCUUCACCAACACAGAACCAGGGACUCCAGAUGAACAUGUGGAUUCUGACAGGCCCCCUGAGGGGGAUGCUGAAGAUGACAGCAAGGAACCCACAGGGAAUGAGGGCUUGGCAUUGGGUGUUCAGGAGGCAGAGAUGGCCACAGACAGCCCUGAAGUCCCAGAGGAGGGGGGUGAAGAUGCCACAGCCAGUGGUGACCACGUUGACCAGGAUGAACCACCUGACCAAAAUGAGAAAACGGACCCAGAAGAAAUGGCAGCAGUCACCGAGGAGGUGCGAGAGGACCCUCGAGAAGGUGAAGACCUGGUACAGGAAGAACCUGCCGAGGAGAGCUGCCAAAUCAUUCCUUUCGAGAAUGAUGGCAUGGAUGAAUUUGUGACUUCACUCUCAGGAAGUCCCUACGAGUUCUUUCCGACUGAGAGCACCUCUUUCUGUAGCGAGAGCUACUCUUUUUCCAAGUCAGCAAAAGAUUUAGAGUCACAGCAGGAACCACAGUCUGGAGAACGUGCCGAGCAGGAUCCCGUUGUUGGAACUUCAUGUGGCCCUAGGGAGGGCCCCUCUGUCCCUGACGUGGUGGUCAUGCCAGAGGAUGAGGAUGCCAUAGACGAUGGGCUCACCAACCCCUAUGAGAUGGGUGUUGACCUGGAGCAAGGGGCUGACCCUGGGGAAGGAGAGAAGCCUGAGACACAGGCUGCAUCUGACAUGCUGAGUGGUUAUGGCACGAAUGAAGAAAUGAACUCUGAUGCUGAGGGUGGCCUGGUCUCCAUCGACAGGAAGAACAUCAUCACUAGGGCCAGGCCCCACUCCGGGAAGUUGGCUGGCUAUGUCCCAGAAACUGUCCCAGAAGAAACCGGACCAGAAGCUGGCUCAUCAGCCAUUGGCAUUAGAGGUGCCACCAAGGAGGCGAGAAAGACGGUUCUUUCGUUGGAGGGGAAACCGCUGGAAGCCAGCAGGGCCUUGCCAGCAAAGCCCAGAGCCUUCACUCUAUACCCCCGAUCAUUCUCUGUGGAAGGCCGAGAGAUUCCAGUCUCCUUGUACCGGGAGUCGGAGGCAUCGGGCUUGGAUGACCAUAGGAUCAAAAGGAAAGAUGACAACCUUUCUCUGCCCUGUAUGAUUGGCUCCUCUGGGAGUUUCUCCCAGAGGAACCACCUUCCGUCCAGCGGCACCUCAACACCCUCUUCUGUGGUCGACAUCCCGCCCCCUUUCGACCUGGCCUGCAUCACCAAAAAGCCCAUCACAAAGAGCUCUCCCUCCCUGCUGAUCGAGAGUGAGCCCCCAGACAAGUACACCAAGAAGAAGAAGUCAUCCUUCAAGAGGUUCCUGGCGCUGACUUUUAAAAAGAAGUCGGAGAACAAAGUGCACGUGGAUGUCAACGUGUCUUCUUCCAGGUCGUCCUCAGAAUCCAGCUACCAUGGGCCUGCCAGGCUUCUGGAAAUUGACCGCAGGAGCCUCAGCAACUCCCCACAGCUUAAGGCUAGGACUGGCAAGCUCCGGGCUUCCGAUUCCCCUUCCUCCCUCAUCUUCUACAGGGAUGGCAAGAGGAAAGGUGUCCCCUUCAGCAGGACGGUGUCCAGAGUGGAGUCCUUCGAAGACCGCUCCCGGCCCCCCUUUCUGCCCUUGCCCCUGACCAAGCCGAGGUCCAUCUCAUUCCCCAACGCCGACACUUCAGACUAUGAGAACAUCCCAGCCAUGAACUCAGACUAUGAAAAUAUUCAGAUUCCACCCCGGAGGCCCGCGAGGGCUGGGACAUUUACAAAACUGUUUGAAGAUCAGAGCAGAGCCCUGUCCACGGCAAAUGAAAAUGACGGCUACGUGGACAUGAGCAGCUUCAACGCCUUUGAAAGCAAACAACAGAGCACAGACCAAGAAGCAGAAAGCGCCUACACAGAACCUUAUAAGGUCUGUCCCAUCUCGGCGGCAGCCCCCAAAGAGGAUCUAUCAUCGGAUGGAGAACAGGGAAGCUCGGAGGAGGAGGACAGUGCUCCAAGAGACCCCAGCCUCACCCACAAGCUGGAAGGACAGUCUAGAGCCCAUGUCAUCGCACAGGAACUGCUGUCUUCGGAGAAAGCAUACGUGGAGAUGCUCCAGCACUUACAUCUGGAUUUCCACGGAGCUGUCAUGAGGGCCUUGGAUGAAAUAGACCAGGAGGGCAAGGACACGUUGGCCAGGGAGGAGCUGAGGCGUGGCCUGAGCGAACUCCCAGCCAUCCGCGACCUUCACCAGGGGAUCCUGGAGGAGCUGGGGGAGAGGCUGUUGCACUGGGAGGGCCAGCAGAAGGUGGCUGACGUCUUCCUGGCCCGGGAACAAGAGUUUGACCACCAUGCCACUCACAUCCUGCAGUUCGACAGGUAUCUGAGUCUGCUCAGUGAGGACUGCCUGCAUUCUCCCCGGCUGGCCGCUGCUGUCCGUGAGUUUGAGCAGAGUCAGCAAGGAGGUGGCCAGAACGUGAAGCACCGGCUGCUGCGGGUGGUUCAGCGCCUCUUCCAGUACCAAGUGCUCCUCACAGACUACUUAAACAACCUUUGUCCUGACUCAGCUGAGUACGAUAACACGCAGGGUGCCCUCACCCUCAUCUCCAAAGUCACAGACCGUGCCAACGACAGCAUGGAACAAGGGGAAAACCUGCAGAAGUUGGUCCACAUUGAGCAUAGCGUUCGGGGCCAAGGGGAUCUCCUCCAGCCAGGAAGGGAGUUUCUGAAGGAGGGGACACUGAUGAAGGUAACAGGGAAAAGCAGACGCCCCCGGCACCUGUUUCUGAUGAGCGAUGUGCUCCUGUAUACGUAUCCCCAGAAGGAUGGGAAAUACCUGCUGAAGAACACAUUGUCAGUGGCCAGCAUGAAGGUCAGUCGUCCUGUGAUGGAGAAAGUGCCCUAUGCUCUAAAGAUCGAGACUUCCCAGUCCUGCCUGACUCUAUCUGCGAGCUCCUGCGCAGAGCGGGACGAGUGGCACAGCUGUCUGAGCAGAGCCCUCCCUGAGGAUUACAAGGCCCAGGCCCUGGCUGCCUUCCACCACAGUGUGGAGAUACGGGAGAGGCUGGGGGUCAGCCUGGGGGAGAGGCCCCCCACUCUGGUGCCUGUCACACAUGUUAUGAUGUGCAUGAACUGUGGCUGCGACUUCUCCCUCACCCUGAGGCGUCACCACUGCCACGCCUGUGGCAAGAUUGUGUGCCGGAACUGUUCAAGAAACAAGUACCCUCUGAAGUACCUCAAGGACCGGAUGGCCAAGGUCUGUGAUGGCUGCUAUGGGGAGCUGAAGAAGAGGGGCGGGGAUGUCCCAGGACUGAUGAGAGAGCGGCCCGUGAGCAUGAGCUUCCCCCUGUCCUCCCCCCGCUUCUCAAGCAGUGCCUUCUCGUCUGUCUUCCACGGCAUCAACCCCUCAACUUUCAAGAAACAGAAGAAGGUCCCUUCAGCCCUGACCGAGGUGGCCGCCUCGGGAGAGGGCUCCGCCAUCAGUGGCUAUCUGAGCCGGUGCAAGAAAGGCAAGAGGCACUGGAAGAAGCUCUGGUUUGUCAUCAAAGGCAAAGUGCUCUACACCUACAUGGCCAGUGAGGACACAGUGGCCAUGGAGAGUAUGCCUCUGCUUGGUUUCACCAUUGCCCCAGAGAAGGAAGAGGGCAGCAGUGAAGUAGGACCUAUUUUUCACCUCUACCACAAGAAAACCCUAUUUUAUAGCUUCAAAGCAGAGGAUACCAAUUCAGCUCAAAGGUGGAUCGAGGCCAUGGAAGAUGCAAGUGUGUUAUAGCAGUUAUCAAGCAUGUGGACUCAGAAUAAAGUCUUAGGUAGAAUGUGGACCCUUCCAGAAGCCAAUCUGUGUCUCUACUCCUCGGGACUCAUAUCUGGAUUCAGCACGGGGCCUCAUCUUUUUUUGCCAUAACCCCCUCUCUCACCGUCACAAGUGGAACCCCUAAGGAAUAUUUAUGAACCACUCCUUUUCUAUUCUUGUGUCUUCCACCUGCCCGACCCCGCCCCACCCCAGCAUAAACGAUUUCCUUACCCGGUAGUGAGGUCGCAUUUAGUAACGUGAAGACAUGGAAACAAUAGGAAAAAAGUACAUUUUAGAAAUGCAGGCUUCUUAGUGGAAACAAGCUUUUACAGUUUUUACUAGUGGUAAACAUUAUCACCUUCCAUAGCAUUGAUGUCAGUGCCUCAGGCGAAACAAGAAACAACUGGUAAAUAACAGCUACCCUCAUCGAAAGCACUUUAUUGUUUUACUGAGCUACAACCUCCAGUUUUAUGUUUUCCAAGUGAUUUACUUAAGUAAGGAGCAGAUGGAGUCCUGUGGACUAAUUUGCCACCAGUUCUCAACAAGGGUGUACGUACAAUUGAUUUGUGCAAACACGGAUGGACCUUGCCAAGGGGGCAGGUGAGUGGCACUCAGAAGGGAGGGUCCUCCUUACUGCAGAGGCUGCACUGCACUGCAGAAGAAGGCAAGGAUUUUCUCCUCCACUUGAUCAUGAGACCUGUAUACGGACAUGACUUAAUGAAGGAAGGACCCCUUCCUUCCCGGGGUGGUCCUCACACUACCCCAGUGCUGGAUGCUCGGCUGCCGGCAGGCCCAGCCCCCACCCUGGAGGUCACCACAGACCCUCUGAAGAGAUAGGGUCUGCUGUAAUUUAUUGUGUGCCUUCCUGUGUGUACCCAACAUGAGCUGACAGUGUUAUGUGUGAGAGAACAUGUGCUUGUUUUCAACAUGGUUACCCUUCGGCUGUAUUACCAAAGCCUUGAAAGAUAUGAAGACAGAAAAGAGAUAAUCAGAAAGUGAAUAGGUGGUCUUGGCUCUGGACACAGUGAGGGAGCACAGAAGUAGUGGCUUGAAGAAACUCUCUGGGCACCUGGGGCUCAGCCACCUCCCGCUGAUGACCGCUGCUCAUCAUGCUGGACAAAUUUCUACAUAGAGCAAGAAUGGGGGUGGGGUAGGCGGGAUUCCUUGUUACUCUCAUUGAAAUAGAAAACAAUCAUAUCAUUUCCUGAUGUCCUGUCCCCUAAACAAAACGGCAUUUGCUGACAAACCUUUUGUAAAAAGCACCAUCUCAAGGAGUUAUUUACAUUAAAUAUUUUCAGGGGAAUUUUUUUUUUCUAGUUUGCAAUUUCUCCUUUAAAAUGUUU